CUGAAUCCGCGGCAGAGAGGCGGGGACCGCCGCUACUCGCGUGCGAGGCGCCACCGGAGCCCGUGCUGAGCGCGGGUGUCGUGGGCCUCCUUCAGGGACUCGUGGGGUUGUGCUCGUGAAUUCUGUCAUUUCGCCAGCCACCGAAACUGCCCUCGGCGUCCCUCAGUGGUUCCCAGAGCUCUGUUUCAGCAUGAGUAGAGCGGGGGGAGACAAGAACAAGGGAUGUCAGGACCAAGGCCCGUUGUCCUGAGCGGACCCUCAGGGGCUGGGAAGAGCACCCUGCUGAAGAGACUCCUCCAGGAACAUGGCAGCAUCUUUGGCUUCAGCGUGUCCCGUGAGGCCCGGGGAGACACAACAAGGGACCCGAGGCCAGGAGAGGAGAACGGCAAAGAUUACUACUUUGUGACCAGGGAGGUGAUGCAGCGCGACAUUGCUGCCGGAGACUUCAUCGAGCACGCCGAGUUCUCAGGGAACUUGUAUGGGACCAGCAAGGCCGCUGUGCGGGCCGUGCAGGCCAUGAACCGCAUCUGCGUGCUGGACGUGGACCUGCAGGGCGUGCGCAACAUCAAGAAGACUGACCUGCGGCCCAUCUACAUCUUCGUGCAGCCGCCCUCACUGGAUGUCCUGGAGCAGCGGCUGCGACAGCGGAACACGGAGACAGAGGAGAGCCUGGCCAAGCGUCUGGCGGCGGCCCGGGCCGACAUGGAGAGCAGCAAGGAGCCCGGCCUGUUUGACCUGAUCAUCGUCAACGACAGUCUGGACAAGGCCUACUGGGCCCUGAAGGAGGCGCUCUCCGAGGUGGGCUGGGGGUGGAGCUGGGGCCUCAGACAUCUAUGUGCCAAACGGGUAAAGCAGGCUGGGACAGGUGAUAUGGUGGCCCCAGGUCCUGGGCGAGAUCUUCCUUUCCUCAGCCUGUCUUUCUCUCUGGCAGGAAAUAAAGAAGGCACAAGCAACUGGUCAGUCCUGAUGCCAGCUGUGUCCUCUCAGGUGGGGCCUAGGGCCUGGCGCCCACGCCAGUGGGCCAGAGUCUCCUGGCAGUGGCUCUGCUCACCUCAGCUGACACCCAGAGAUUGGGGUGCUGCCCAUCUUCCCUCACCCCCCACCGUGGUUGGAGGACCUUGUCUCUUACCCCCACUCCCCACAUCCAUUUCUAGGCUUCCUCCCCACCAUGCCCUGUCAACCCCUUACCUGUGGAAGCCAGGCCAACAUCCAAAUAAAGAACUGCUGGGUUAGUGUC